GCUACCGUUGAAUAUGUGACAAUGGAGUAUAUGUGCAGCUUGAUGCGAGCUGUAGCCGCCAAUCCAAGCAAUUGGUUGGGCAAAGUGUCGCAUGGCUUUGUCGGGCAAUGCUUCAGAGUGCUGGGCCUGAAGUUCAACAUCAGCGUUGAGGCAUUCCAGCAAACGUAUGACCAUCCGUAUCGCGAAGAUAAUCUAAACUACAUAUUCAAUGUUGUGCCGUUUGUACUGAAGAAUGUCGACUCGUUUUUGGAUCAGUUGCCGACGGCGUUGGUAGCAUGUGAACACCUAGCUGCCCAGGAUAGACCCAGCUCCUGCUUAGGCAGCGAAUUCUAUGAUUUAGUAAAUCCCGUGCUCUGCUACUUGCGCGUGGUUCGCGUCUGGACAAUGGUGGUGCUUAGUAUAACAGAUAAAUUGCAGCUGAAAGACAAGGAACUCGACCGUUUUCUAUGCGAGCCCCUGGCAAGAAUGUCCUUCAGCUUGCUCCGAGGCCUGGCUAAGCUGCUGCCCGACUAUGGGCAAAAGUUUGAGCUUCUCAACGAUAAUUGCCUUAGCCUUGCCGUGCUCGCGCGCUAUGGCAUAUUCUACGAAGAGACUUGUCAGUUUAUACUUACACCCAUGCUGGACAUGUUUGACGAGCACUUUCAGCUAUUUUGUGGGGCUACCAAAUCUGCUCUGAACUUCAUCUAUUGGAUUUUUAGAUGCGAGAUGACCAACAAGGACAGCUAUAUUCAGGCAUACCAGUUUCUGGAAACGAUGUUGGAUAGAUUUGAGGCUGGACAGCAGCGCGAUCCAUCGGGUAACCUGUAUUUGCGUCUGUUCACCAAUGAGCUGAUCACUGACAAAUACCUGGCAAUUCAAUUUGAGAUGCUCAAAGUGAAAAACUCGAAUCCUUUACUGCGCGCAACGCUCCAAUAUUUGCAGACGCUGCAGCGUCACCUGGUCAGCACAGAAAUCUUUCCACGUCGCUUUCUGGAGCAAAUCUUGUCGAUAUUGCUUGACGUUUCAAAUGCUUCGAAUUCGGUUUGCUCUUUGGCCGCAGAGCUAUAUGUAACAUUAUCCCAGCGCCAGUAUCAGGAACAGGAGCUCCUUGUGCACAUCGUGGAAACGUUUAUAAAGACGCAGAGUAGCGUACGAAAGUGGCGCAGCUAUGAGCAGUUCAUGUCUGUUCUGCAGAGCUAUCUCAAGAAGCUGAUAAAUCCCUUUCCGGCUAUGCAGCACUUCAAGUUCUAUAUAAAUGUGAUCAAUGCGGUAGAUGUGAGCGAUGAGCUAAUCCUAUUCACUGCCCAUGCUGUAUGUGCACUGUUUGAGCUUUACACAGUGCAUUAUUCUGAAUUGGAGAUACCCCGCCAGCAGGUACACAAGCUACUGCGGCAGUGGCCAAAUCUUGUUCAGAGCUCUGCCGAACGGCCAAAAAUUCGCGCUGUGAUCUAUGGGAUCUACAGUGCAGUGGACUUUGAAGCCGUGGCACAGCACAAGCCCAACCUGAUUUUUGCAUUGGAGAGACACUGCUUGAACAUCUUCCUGGACGAUGAGACGCUUAGCGAGUCCGAAUACUCAAUACUCUUCCCGAACAUCUGCCGUUCGAUAGAGGCGACAGGGAAUGAGCAUCUAUUGGUAACUGCAGCUUUAGCCUUGCAAGACCGAUAUGCUGAAAUUUCUGUGAACUUCAUGGUGCACGAGCAGGCUGAAAUUCAACCAGAAAUUUUGCGGGAAUAUGGGCAAUGCGUACGCUGUCUUUAUUCACUGCUCAAACAGAACAAGCUGCGCGGCCACCAGGUGUGCGAUAUGUACCAAACGCUAGCUAUGCAAAUGCUGCAUAUAGUUGUCGCCAACGAGCACUUGGCUCUCUAUGGCUACGAGUGCUUGGCCUUAAUGCUCGUAUUGUUGCAUCAGGAGCGUGACGAGCUGGAAGAUAUGCGCGAGCACGUUGCAAGGUCUAUGCAGCUGGCUGAGAUGUUGCGAGAUGUGUGCGUACGCAAACUAUGCAACGUUUCACAAAAUCUGGCACAGGCCAAAUCUCUGUUUUGUGCCAUUGUCGUGCUGCAAGUUGGAUUGCAGCACAGCCUAUCGUUGAACCCGCUCACCUAUGAUACGUUGUUGACACAACUCUCCGAUUCAACGCUUGCCUUGAAGGCAUGCGAAAAGCCACUGACCUUAGGCUACGUGCAGGAAAUGCACUUGUGCUUUCGUCAGUUACAUGAAUGUGAGCUAAUUGUGUUGCCUACCAAUCGCAUAUGGAAACCGCUGCUGCAGUACAAAUUACUAACAACAACACCGGAUUAUAUAAGCCCGGAGUUGGAGCAGCUAAUAGUUGUGCUUAUUAAGCGACAUAUUGUCACUUACGCUCGUAACCUGUCUGUCAUUCAGCUGCACGUUUGCAAUGAGCGAUCCAAUAAGCAGCGCGUGACAUCUGCACUGGCUGCCCAUAUGCGGCUUGUGGAUGCACAUGCUAGUCCGAAGGACGCGUGGUUGCUGAAAUUACACGUAUUUAAUGCAUCUCUGCAGUUAUUGGUGAAUAGGCUGUCCGUGCGGCGCACAGAACCAGCCGCCAAAAAGCCACGUAAUCAUCUUUUGCCGCUGCGUCAUUUGCAGUCGCUGGUGAAUACGCUGCGACUCGAGGAACCCCACUUUAUUAUUAUCGCUCGACUGCUUAGCAGUCUAAAGGGGAAUGCUUUCUCUGAUGUCGAUACGCAGGAAGUGGACAAGUUUAUAAAGCAGAUCAGCGCCUACAAAUACCGGUGCGAAGAUGAGCGCGCCAAGGCCGUAGCUCAUGGUGGGCUACGGUCCGGGUUGAAACCUCAGCCGCCGGGUCCUAUGACAAUGUGGCAGGCAGAAGCAUUCAGUUAUUUAAUAGAUAAUGCAAAGGAAAACGAUUCCUCGCUACAGCAGCUAGAACCGACUAACGACAAUUAAACACUAAACUUAAUAGAUAAGAAGACUUUUAAGAAUCAUAUAAUAUUCUACAUUUUUAAAACUGUGCAUUUUAUUUGUUUUUAAUUUUAAAGUUGCGAGAUUUUGAUAAUAAUUUCAGUUGAAUUACAAGGCGAACAGAAAUGCCCAGCAAGCAGAGAAAAAUAGCUUUUACUGUUUAUAAAUGAUGUU